UAGAGUCUGCAGCUGUUGGAGAGGUGUCCAUCAUGGCGGGCAGACGAGCUUUGAAGGCGGUGCUCAUUGACCUGAGUGGGACUCUACAUAUAGAGGACACAGCUGUACCCGGGGCACAGGAAGCCCUGAACAGGUUACGCCAGGCAUCGGUUGCUGUCAAGUUUGUGACCAACACAACAAAAGAGAGUAAGAGAAAUCUACUAGAAAGACUUCAGAAUCUCAACUUCGACCUUCAGGAAAAGGAGAUCUUCACAUCUCUGAGUGCAGCGAGGAGUCUGCUGGAGCAGAGACAACACAGACCUCUGCUGCUGGUGGAGGACAGUGCACUGGAAGACUUCACUGGUAUUGACACAUCAGAACCAAACGCCAUUGUCAUUGGACUCGCUCCUGAUCACUUCAACUACCAGACACUUAACAAGGCUUUCAGGAUGAUUCUGGAUGGAGCGCCUCUCAUUGCCAUCCAUAAGGCCCGGUACUACAAGCGUAAAGAUGGUUUGGCCCUUGGCCCCGGGCCCUUUGUGACAGGGCUGGAGUAUGCCACAGACUGUAAGGCUACUGUGGUGGGAAAGCCUGAAAAGACUUUUUUCACACAGGCUCUGUCUGAUUUAGGAUGUUGCCCUGAUGAAGCCGUCAUGAUAGGAGAUGACGCCAGAGAUGAUGUCGGUGGGGCUCAGAACGCAGGGAUGUUGGGUAUUCUAGUCAGAACAGGUAAAUACAGAGAAGGAGAUGAGAAUAAAAUAAGUCCUCCACCUCACCUGACAUGUGAUAGUUUCCCAGACGCUGUUGAACACAUCCUGAAGAACCUGCUUUGAGCUACAGGCUUCUGGCCGAGGGUUUGGUGUGGGCAAUCGCUUCCAGGAAGUCGGCCGUUGUGACAGUUUCCAGCUGGAGCAUGUUGGUGUUUCCUGUGAACAACAGUCACAUUUCCUUCAGUAUUUAACCCAGAGACACUA